AUGGCGGGAGCAAAUGAUAAUUCUUCCGGGCGAGGCUCAUACGCGCAGGUCGUAUCUGGGCAAGGCUCAUCUCUGCGCGACGAUGUGGCGGGUAACGCAGUAGCGCGUCGAGAAGGGAGCGCUAAGAAUAGUUGUUCCGUCGCCGGCGCCGGCGCCGCGGUUGGUGCUUCCGCUUCGGAUAUGGUCGCCGCCUGCGACGCGAAUGGCGUCGCGGGAUCUGCGGCAGCCGCUCGUUCCGCUUCCGCCUCUGCUACUCCGCCGCUCACCUCCCCCCGUCCGCGGACACCUCCGCAGGAAUUCCCCCCUCUUAAACCCCCCAUUUCUCCCGCAUCUGCUACAACCCUAUCCCCCCAUACCUCUGGAUUCGCGCCUCUUCAUUCCCCCAAACCCCCAGUCCAUACAUUAUCUUCUCCCGGCUCCGCCUCUUCCUCCGCCUCCGCCUCCGCCUCUGCGGCGUCCGUCUCCCCCGCUUCCGCCGCACCAGUGUCCCCGCUGGCGCUGCAGUUCGUGCGCCAGUCGCGCGCGAUGAUGCUUCUCCUGGACCGACAGACCGCGGAGGUGCUCGCCGCCAGUCGCGGGGCGCUGACGGCGCUCGGGCAGGCGGAGGACGGGGAGUGGCAGCGCGCCGUGAGCGACGCGGUGGCGUCCGCAGCCGUGCUGCGCUUCAACGUGCGCGACUCGGGGGCGGGCGGGCACCUGGCGGGGCGGCAGGUGGACCUCAUGCUCCAGCCGUGCCAAUUCGCGCACGACCCGCGCUCGCUCGUCGGUACCUUCGCCAUCGUCAACCAGCACUCAGGCCCCGCGCUCGCCACCAGCAGCAGCAGCAGCGGCAGCAGCAGCAGCAGCAGCAAUAGCAACGCAGCAGCGGAGGUUUCCGGAUAUGGAGGCUCCGAGGGGGGUUUCCUACCCAGUAGCAGCUCAGGCGGCGGGGGCAAACUCAGUGGUAAGAAGAUGCGGCAAAAGAUAGCCGUGCUUUUAGGGUUUCAGGAGGAUUCCGGAGGAGCGAUGCAGGUCUCGGCGCCUCUCCCCGCCAUCCAAGCCUCCCACAGCUCUGGCUCGGCCCAAACCACGCCUAGAGGCUCGUUAACCCCUCGUGGUAGCUUCUCGUUGAAGAGCCGAGGGGCCGUGUCGGGUCCUCUCGCGUUUAUUGCCUCUCCUGCUUCUUCUUCUGCAUCCGCUGCUGCCACUUCCGCCGCCGCCGCUGCUGCUGCUGCUGAUGUUGGUGCCGGUACUGGAAAUGAGAUUGGCUCAACUGGUGGGACUGCGGCAGCAGCGGGAGGGCCAUCGGUUGGGUCGAAUAAGCCUUCCACCCCACGCUCCAUGCUCAAACUCCCCACCUUCCACUCCUCCUCCUCCUCCUCCUCCUCCUCCUCCUCCUCCUCCUCCUCCUCCUCCUCCUCCUCUUCCUCCUCCUCGUCCAUGGCUGCAGCCUCUUCCGAUUCGUCCGGCUCGCACAGUACCUUCUCCUUCCACUCAGACGCGCCCAAGGCAGACAUUCCGCGGCCCCUCAGCGCGAGAUUCCUCUCCCGCCUGCCUGGAUUCGAGCCCCCCAGGUCGGAGCGUCGCCAGGCCACCACGCCCGGCCGCAGGCUCGGCCUGCCGUCUGUAAAGGGCGUGUUUUCCGGACCGCUUUACCCUGGCUCGCAGGGUCGGGAAAGCAGGGAGGGGAGGGGCGGGCGACAGGGUAAGGAAGGGUCGGGUGGUGGGGGUGGAGAGAAAGUGGUGGAGAAAGCAGGCGGGAAAUCAGCUGAAAAGGCAGCAGAGAAAGCAGCCGAGAAAGCAGAGAAAGCAGCAGAAAAGGCAGCGGCUAAAGGUGUAGAGAAAGCGGCAUCUGCAGGAGCAGUCAGGGAGGAGGAGAGGGCGGGAGGGAAGGGAUUCCGGGUGCUGUCAAGGAGGGAGAACAGGAGCCGGGGGGGUUCGUUGACAGAGGGGGAUGGAGUUCUGGGGAAGGGGAAGAGGGGAAGCAGCUGGGGUAGCUUCGGUAGCUUUGAUGGCGGGUUUAUUGGCGUGGCUGCGGCUGCCGCUGGUGCUUUGUCCAGCCCUGCUGUUGUCGCCCCUGCUGCUGGUUCUGGUGGUGCUGCUGCUGAGUCCGAUGCUGCUGCUGCUGCUGCUGCUGCUGCUGCUGCUGCUGCUGCUGCUGCUGCUGCUGCUGCUGCUGCUGCUGCUGCUGCUGCUGCUGCUGCUGCUGCUGCUGUAGCUGGUACUGUCACCACCGAUCCUGAUGCUGCUGCUGACAAGCCCAUGACUGUUGCCGCUCGCUCAGGCAGCAGCAUGAGCACGAGAAGCGGCAGCAGCAGCCCCGGCAAGGCUCCAAAGAAGCCGCUUGUGUUCCGCUCCCUCUCUAACGUCGACUCGCGUGAGAGUAGCUGCAGCACCGACGACAACAGCGGCGAUAAUAGCGGCGACAAUGGCGCGGGUCUGACGAGCAGUAGCAGCAGCAGUGGCAAGGCCCCGCCUCUGGCCAAGUCGGGCUCGUUCGGGUCUGGAAGGCGCAAGGACCUAAGAGUUGCUAUUCCGCCCGAUGGCUUGCAGGAAGGGGUGGAGGCGGAGAGCACUGACGUGGGCGCAGGGGCGGAAGCAGGGGCGGAAGCAGGGGCGGAAGCAGGGGCGGAAGCAGGAGAGGAGGACAGGGUGGCGGGAGGACAGGCGGGAGAGGAGGGGGAGGAGGGGAAGAAGGGGGGUGGAAGGAUGGGUGGCGGGGAGGCGGUUCGGGAUCAGCGUGAGGGAGUGCGAGGUAAGGAGGGGGAGGGGGAGGAGAAGCAACGAGGUGACGGUACGGUGGAUGGGUGCUUCUCCGGGAGAUGCUUGGUUGAGGCUGGGGAAGAGAGAAGGAGCGUGGAGGCAGAGGGAGCAGGGAAGCAGAGCUGCAACGAUGGGGCGGAGGAGAAGGCAAAGAAUGACGGUUUCAUGAUUUCAGAUAUGCACUCUGAGCAGAAUGGGCGGGGGGGUGGUAACGGGGAAGUAUUGGAGAGUGAUAACGCUGGGGGAGUCGUGGGGAGUGUGGCAGUGGGUUUGGUGACGCGGCGUGGCAAGGAGGCAUUGAGAAACCCAGCAUCCGCUGCAGAAGCAGCUGCAGGGGAAACAAGUGAGACGGGAGUAGCAGGAAGAGCAGGAGAAGCAGGAGGAGGGGCAGGAGUAGCAAGAGGGGAAGGAAGCGUGGAGAAGCGAGGUGGGAGGAACGAAGCGGGUAGCAGCGAAGCGGAAGCAGAUGCAGGGAACAAGGAAGGAGAGCAGGAAGAGCAGGAAGAGCUGGAAGAAGCGACUGGGCUGCGAGAGAGGCGCGGCAUAGCAGGGCGGAUCGGCAAUCUUGCUGUGAGUCACGGCAGCAGGGAGAAAAGGUACGGCAGCCUCGGCAGCCUUGGCAGUGGUGGUAACAUGAUCACCCAGUGCGUUUACACGCCCACACAGGACGACCUUGAAGGUGCGUCCAGCGCUGCUGGUCGCCCGCUGCACUGCAGCCACGAGUCGAGUCCUGUUUUGACGCGAAUCAAAACGAGUCCCCGUAGCGACGACGACACUGGUGGCGGCGGCGGCAGCGGUGGUGGCGGUGGCGGUAGUGGCAGCGUCAAGUGGCAUGUGCUUCCGCGGAAGCUGCUCACUCCGAAACGCUCUCCUCUCGCUUCGGAACGGUCGCCCACGAUUGCAGAGAUAUUGGGUGCGGUCCAGGAGGGUGGCGAGGGCAGCGAGCGCGGUAAGGAGGGGUGCAGGGGCAAGGAGCAGGGAGGGGAGGAGGGAGGGGAGGAGCAGGGAGGGAAGGAGGAGGGAGAGGAGGAAGAAGGAGGGAUUGGUCAGCACGCGGAUGGUGGGAGUGGGGAAGAGGAGGUGGAGGAUGGAGGGAGAGAGGGAAGGGUGAAUGCAGACGGUUCAGGGACAAAGGGAGAGGAUGAGGGUUUUGGGAAGAAGGAUGGAGAGACGGAGGAGGAGGCGAAGGAGAAGGAAGAAAAGAAAGAGAAGGAGGGGGAGAAGGAAGAGGGCAAGGAGGAGGAGAAGGAGGAGAGUGAGAAGGAAGGAGAGGAGUUACCUCUGGUGGGUGUGUGGAGGGAGGGGAACGGAUGGCUGGUGUGGCUGAACUUCGAAGGAGACGCAUGGAUGGAAAUGGAGACAGAUGAGAGGAGCGGCGGCGGCAGCAACAGGUGGCUCAACGCUGUGAGCUCCCUGCUGAAGCCAGGAGAAGAGAAGGGCGUGGGAGGGAGCAAGCGCGGUGCUGCUGGGGACGGCACUGCUGGCAGCGGCGGUGAGAGGAGAAGGGGCGGCGGCGGCAGCGGUGGCGGCGGCAGCGGUGGUGGCGCAUGGGCCAGUGAUGGGGUUACCUUUGCCCCCACUGCCUCUCUUGGUGCUGGCAGCGGUAGCAGCAGGCAGGAGACCGGGGAGGUGGCGAGUGGGGGUGGUGGAGGCGGCAGGAGGAUCGGAAGGAGGAUGCUGAAACGGGGAUCGAGUGAGGGAAGGAAGGGGCUGUCUCACGUGCGUGACUCGGUGAUCUAUGCCCCGGGCCUGCACCAAAACGCGGCGGAUUAUGCUGAUGAGCAGCAGCAGCUACAGGACGAGAAUGCACAGUCUGAGAAAGGAGGUCGCAGGGCAGGGCGGAGCAAGAGUCACGGGUUCUUCACUCCCCGAGAGAUCAGCGCUGCUCUGGGUGGUGCUGGCCAUGGCCACGGUCACGGGCACAGCCACAGCAGCAGCAUUGGAAGCCUGAGGGGGUUGAAGUCCCUGGGUGCUCGUGGCAGUCGGAGCAUGCGCGUGCCCAGCCAUGUGGCAUCUGCUGCCAUUGCUGCUGCUGCGAAUGCUGAUUAUGAUGAUGAGGAGGAGGAGGAGGAGGAGGAGGAGGGAGAGGAGAGGGAGGAGGGGAAUGAAGGUGGUGGGAGUGGAGGGAGAGGAAAAGCAGGGCAGCGGAAGCAAAGGCAGCAGUGGUUGGAAGAGGGAGGGGGGCUGGAUGCAGGGGAGGAGGACGAUUGGUUGGAUUCGGGCAAAGAGGAUACAGGCAGUGCAGCAGAGGGGCAAGUGAGGGAGAAAAGAGGGAGGGUACAAGUGCGUGGUUCAGUGCGUUCGGAGCCGACGGAGUGGACUCAAACGGCAAGUGGAGACGUGGUGGUGGUGGUGGGCGGCAUGCCCUUGGCACCCUCCUCUUCUCAUGCCGUUGAUCCUAUGACCUCGUCCUCUCACGAUGCCCUGCCUGCAUCUGCUGCUUCUUCUGCUUUUGCUGCCUCUGCUGCUGCUGCUGCUGCUGCUGCUGCUGCUGCUGCUGCCUCAGCCGUGUUGCUUGGUGAGCCUGUGCUGGUCUCUGAUGGAGAUGGUGCAAUAGCAGGAGCAGGAUCAAAAUUAGGAGCAGGAGCAGAAAAAGAGGCAGGAGCAGACACUGCAGCUGCUGCUGUCGCCACCACUGCCAGUAGUCCUCUCUUUAACUCCUCUCUACCUGGGGAAGUGAGUGCAGGGAGUGUAGAGAAAGCAAGGGGCGAGGGUGUUUCCCCUGGUGCAGCAGCAGCAGCAGCAGCAGCAGUGGAAUCAACUAAGGAGGUUGAUCAUACGAGUGGCGACAGGGCAGAGGAACUCUGCUCUGCUAGUGGCAGUGGUGAGGGGAACAGCAGAGGCAUGAAGCUGGAUGCAACUGCACCAGAGGUGCAGGAAGAGGGUGGGGAGAGCAAAGGGGAGGACGAUGAGGCGGCAGAGAAGGAGAGAGAGGGAGAGGCUGUCCAGGGGGCGGACGAAGGGAGAGAGGAAGUCGGGAAGGUGAGGUUUGAUGUGAGGGAAGGGAGGGAAGGGGAGGCGGGCGAAGGGGCAGUGGUGGAGGAGGGUAAGGCGAACGAGUCUUUUAGUCACAGAGCCCGAUCAACAACCCCUACCUCCCGUGAACAGAAGAAACCAGCCGCUUUGCCUUCUACUGCCUCUGCUGCUGGUAGCGGCAGCGCUCGGACAAAGGCAGGGGAUGGGAGGGGAUGGGAGGUGGGAAGGUGGGUGGAGGAAGGGGAGGAGGAGGGUGAAGAGGAGGGGAAGAUCGAGGAGGAGGAGGAGGAUGGGGUUCCAUCACUCCCAGUGCCGUCGAGUGUCGACGACAGCAGUGCUGCUGCUGCUGCCUCUGCUGCUGUUGCCGCUGUUGCCCCUCCUGCUGCUGCUGCCCCUGCUGCUGCUACCCCUGCUGCUGCUGCCGUUGCUGUUGAUGCGGAUGCGGCAGCUUCUGCUGAUGUCACACCAGCACCACCAGCACCAGCACCAGCAGCAGCAGCAGAGGAAGAUAACGAAGGAGAAAAAGUGGAGCACGUAAAGGCUGGGGUGACGGAGCCGGGGGAACAGGAGGAACGCCGGCGGCCAGAAACGAAUGAUGAUAGUUGCCUUCCCAGCAUCUGCGAGAAAAUCCCUAUGGAAGGAGCCGAGGAGGCGGAAGAGGAUGAAGAGGACGCAGGGAGGGGUGCAUGUGACGCAGCAGGGGAGGUGAUGGUGAUUGAGAAGAGUGCUGUGGAGCAAGAGCUUAGGGCCCUAGAGCAGCAACUGGCGGCCCUGCAGCAGCAGCUGAUGGUGUUGGGUGCGGUUGAGUGUGGUGGUGAUGGUGGGACGGCCAAGGUAGAGGGUGAGAGAGGGGAGUUGGAGCGUGAGGGGAGUGCAGAGCGGAGAGCAGGGGGGGAUGAGGAAGGGGGUAUGGAGUGGAGAGAGAGCGGGCUGGGAGAGGGAGAGAAGGGAGAGGAGGCAAGGGAGGGCGAGGUCGUGGAGGGAAAAGAAGGAGAUGUUGAAGAGAGAAAAUAUGAAUGCGGCAAGGGCGGGGAGGAGGAGGCAGCAUUUGAAAGACGUAGAGGUGGUGGGGAUGGCGGCGAUGGUGCCUUGGAAAGAACUGGAGAAGAGGUGGAAGAUGGGGCGAUUGCAGUGGCGAUGGGAAACAAGGAGGGCAGCAGCAGAGUGGAGGGCAGUGAUGGGGGCAGUGGGCAUGUGCCGGCACAACAAGCACCGUGCCUUGGGAGCUCGGACGAGUGUGUAAGCCAUGUGAUGGAUCGCGGUGGAAUGGGGUACGCAGUGGUGGCAGCAGGCACUGGCGACAUCAUCACCUGCAACAACACCUUCCUCUCCCUCCUCCGCCUCGCCUCACCUGCCCCUCAAUGGCUCUCUGCACUGGAUCCCACCUCCAAGUCACAAUUCCUGGUGAGUCUGCAAGCGAAGUGA